AUGGCCCAAGCGCAGGGCACAUGCGACGCCCGCUUCCAAGAAGUCAAAACCCUCUUCCAGUCCUACCUCGACUCAGGCGACGAGCUCGGCGCCUCCAUCUGCGUCAACAUCGACGGCGAAGACGUCGUCGACCUCUGGGGCGGCCACGCCGACCAAGCCCGCACCCGCCCCUGGACCGCCGACACAAUCUGCACCAUCUGGUCGACGACCAAAGCCAUCACCUCGCUCGCCGCCCUCGUCCUCAUCGACCGCGGCCUCCUCUCCCCGCACGAAAGAGUCUCCCACUACUGGCCCGAAUUCGCGGCCAACGGCAAGCAGGACGUCCUCGUCCGCCACAUCCUGUCGCACACGGCCGGCCUCCCCGCGUGGGACCCGCCCAUCGCCAGCGCCGACAUGUACGACCUGCCCAAGGCGAACGCGCUGCUCGCCCGGCAGGCCCCCCGCUGGCCGCCCGGCUCCGCCUCCGGCUACCACAUGGUCACCAUCGGCCACCUCGUCGGCGAGCUCGUCUUCCGCACCACGGGGAAGCGCCUCGCCGCCUUCGUCGCCGACGAGAUCGCGGGGCCCCUCGGCGCGGAUUUCCAGAUCGGCGCCCGCGAGCGGGACUGGCCUCGCGUCGCCGACAUGAUCCCUCCGCCGACUCCGCCGUCUCCGCCGUCCCCGCCGCCGCCAGAAGAUCAGGCUGGGGCUGAAGCCGGCCCCCCGCCGCCGCCGCCGAACGACUUGGUCGAGAAGACCAAGACGGCCGUGUGGCGGCGCGGCGAGCUGGGCGCGGCGAACGGGCACUCGAACGCCAAGGGCGUGGCGCGCAUGCUGUCGGCGCUGGCGCUGGACGGGGAGGUUGGUGGGGUGCGGCUGCUGUCGCCCGCGACGAUCGCGCUCGUCUUCGAGGAGCAGGCCAACGGGAUCGACCUCGUGACGAAGCUGCCCAUCCGGUUCGGCAUGGGGUUUGGGCUGACGGGCAAUGACACGUUCGCGGGGUGGUUCCCUGCCGAGGCGCAGGAGGAAGGGGCGCGCGUGUGCUUUUGGGGCGGGUGGGGCGGGUCGAUUGUGAUUAUGGAUUUGGAGAGGAGGAUGACCGUCGCGUAUGUGAUGAAUAAGAUGGAGAUGACGAUUUUGGGGAACGAUCGCACCAAGGCGUAUGUUGAGGCUGUCUAUAAGGGGCUUCGGGCAGCGUAG